GUAAGAAUUGGCUUGAAGUACAAGGCAACGUGAACAACGAGUUCCUGUCCAGCAUCUUCCAAAAGUUGUAUAGUUGAUUGGCCCUCCCUAGUGCAUUACCUAUCUCGACCACGCCAAGCCUUACGGGUACCACAUCCCUUUUUCCUUGUUCUUAUAAGAUGUUGAUUCAUCUCACAAACUUUAUCCAUUACUUUACUGUAAUGUGACUUUCAUCGACAGUGAAGUUGACCGUAUUCCUACACCUUACGCCAACCGUACGACAAAUCCGAGACCGAGGUUGCCCGAAAGUCAUCUGCCAUGGAUGCAAGCUGUCAGUGUGGUGCCGUGACCUUCAAAACACCUCUUCGGCACCCUCUCGCCCUUUAUAUCUGCCACUGCGCCGAAUGUCGGCGGCAGACGAGCUCGGCCUUUGGGGUAUCGGCCAUUUUUCCUCGGUUUCCUUUGCCCAGUGAGGCGCUUCUGAGUUGUUACAAGAGGCCAAACCCCAAUGGUGAAUACCUAGAAUGUUACUUCUGCAAGCAAUGCGGGACUCGCCUGAUCCAUUCCACGGCUGGUAAGAACUUCGUUUCCGUCAAGGGUGGAUGUCUUGAGGGAUUAGACUGGUCGAAAGCAAUUCACAUCUGGACGAAGAGCGCCAUGGUGCCCAUACCGGAAGACGCAACACGCUCGGAAGAGGAAUGCUCGGUGUUCGAGGCGUUCUGUUCAUCGCAGGAAUCGCUGGAUCAACCACAUACUGUGCGUGGGGGCACAGGAGAAAGGGUCUCAAGCAAACACAAUUGGUAACAGGGCAUCUUGGAACAGUGUGAUGGUGAAGUUUGAGGUAGUUUGAAUGAAGGGUUGAGACUCUAGAUAUCAUUGGGGGAAAUAUCAAUGCUAGGAACCCCCAUGUUGUACGCAGUAGAGUGGAAUUCGAAAGUCAGCAAUGAGUGUUCAACGAGCACUGAUACAGCAAUCUGGUG